UGUAAUUUAACUCUUGGCCACGUCCACCGGCCACGUCGCCCCGUGUUCGCCAUAUUUCUCGGAGGAAUGCACUGGAAAAGUGUUGGAAAACGGUUCAAGCAAAUUUCAGCCGUCUCGUACUCGUAACAGCGGAUAAAACGUCGUCUUGAUUUGUGUUCAAGUAGGAACCUUUCAAAUCCACCAUGAAUAUCUUUAGGCUGGCUGGAGAUCUGUCUCACUUAGCAGCAAUCAUCAUUCUGCUGCUCAAAAUCUGGAAAACCCGAUCCUGCGCAGGAAUCUCUGGGAAAAGCCAGAUCCUCUUUGCUUUGGUUUUCACAACACGUUAUCUGGAUCUGCUCACCUCCUUUAUUUCGCUCUACAACACGUGCAUGAAGAUCAUCUACAUCGGAUGCGCCUAUGCCACCGUGUACCUAAUCUACAUGAAAUUCAAGGCUACUUAUGACGGAAACCAUGACACCUUUAGAGUGGAGUUUCUGGUAGUUCCUGUAGGAGGCUUGGCCUUUUUGGUCAACCAUGACUUCUCUCCUUUGGAGAUCCUGUGGACCUUCUCGAUCUACCUUGAGUCAGUGGCCAUCCUGCCUCAGCUCUUCCUGAUCAGUAAGACCGGAGAGGCUGAGACCAUCACCACCCACUAUCUGUUCUGCCUGGGUGUCUACCGUGCCCUCUAUCUCUUCAACUGGAUCUGGAGGUUCUACUUUGAGGGCUUCUUCGAUAUGAUUGCCAUUGUGGCUGGGGUGGUCCAGACCAUCUUGUAUUGUGACUUCUUCUACCUUUAUGUCACAAAAGUGCUGAAAGGAAAGAAGCUGAGCUUACCAGCGUAAGUGCCAAAGAACAGAAGACCUGUGUCACCAUUCAGACUCAUAUGGGGGGCACGGGCCAGCAAUGCCACAGCAAGAGGCCGAAGACAGAAAGCGCAUGUGAAACUGCUGCUGUUUGUGAAAUGUCAUCUGGAUGAAAAACGACAGCACAAUGACUGCAAUGUGGACUUCUUUUGGAUUUGGCAACGGAAAUUUUUGUUUUCAGCAUCUUGCAAUACCUUUUUAGUGCUGUUAAAAAAAAAAAAAACUCAAAAGAACAAAAAAAAUAAGUAAACCAAUACUUUUCUAUGUGAGGUGUUCCACAAGCUUAUACUUUAAAUGUUAAAGAUUGGCCAGAUUAAACACACCCUUUAACUCCUACUACAUGUACUUUUGAAAAUUUAUUUGUGGUCUCAAGGUUUCUAGGAGUGUUGAGUCAGGUAAAGUUUUUCUUUGACAUAAGUGACACAAAUUCUUAUCUGCAGAAAUAUUUUAAACCAUCUCAUUCUUCCCUAUAACAUGAAAUUGCUUUAGAUUCCAAUGGCCUUUCAGAGUUCCUAAACGUACACAAAUGCCUUACAUUCAUUUGAACAGCAUUAUAGAAAGCCGAAAUGUUUCCUUGUAAAUGCAUCCACUUUUGUGUAAAAGGAGAAUGUUUUGUACUGCCAAAUCAUUCAGCACUGAUACGUUUUAUUCCUUAUGUAUUGGCUCCAAAUUACUAUGGAUUUUGUAUUUCUGUAAAGGCUGUAGUCAUUCAGCAGUAACUCAUGUAAUCAUCCAUAACACAGGACAAGAUAAUAUUAAUAGUAGUAUCCAGUAUUUGUUCUUUAGAUGCAGUAAUUUAUCAGAAAGCCCAUGGCAUUUAAUAUGGUGUGCAUAUUAUCAGACAAGAUCUGGAGUGUGUGUGUAUAUAGAUUUCAAAAGAUUCAUAGAACACUUGUGUUCAUUUUGGACAUUCAUUGAUAUAUUCAGUAUGCUUGAUGUCCCCCUUUAUGAGUCAUUCCUCUAGGGUUUUCAUUUUUGUUGAGUUUUUACAUUAUCACCUCCAAUAAAAAUUUUACAGGCCA